CUGUUACGAUAUAUGACAACCUAAUGCUCAAAGAGAGUGAGAUCAAUCUACACUGGGUACUUCUCAAUUUUUUCAAGCAACACGUUAUGCAGAGGACUUCAUCAGAUGCUCAAACAGAGAGCGCUAUUUGGCUCGCAGCCCAUUUAGGGAAAGAACGUAGAUUACCACCCAAAUCGAAGAUUCAAGACCACCCUGGAAAAACGUAUCCCGAGCUCUUACGAGAAUGGUCUGAGAAAUUGUUUUCGGAUUGGCAAGAUGAAUAUCGGAAAAGACCUUCAAGUGGACAUAAAGAUAUCACUCAUGUCCACUUCCAGACUCGCUUACUGGACCUCGGCACUCACGCAAUGAUAUGGGCUUCUGUCUCGCUUCCGAGUGAAAUGGCAGAACGUUUGAAACAAGGUGAAUUGACGCGAGACCAAACCGUUCAGAUCUUGUUAUCAACAGCUCGACUGUUUCCUUCUAUGAAUCAACAUUGGACCCCAAAGAUGAUUGAAAAACUUACAGAAUAUGAACUCAAGAGGAAUUCGAUCCAUUCAACCCAUGUGGCUACAUGAAAUUAGAUUUCUUUCACAUGAAGUCAUUAGUCAAUAGAUUUAAGAAGUAAAUUAUAAAGUAGAUAUUUUCAAGUUUGAUUUUUUUGCUUCAAGUAUUGCAUACUGAUUGCAUAUACUAGAGUGAAAUUCCUAGACUCAUUCACAUCUUUUCCUAAGCUUACAACAUUUUAAUUGAAAUUUGAAUAAACUAAUUAAUAGGCC